AUGGCGUUGCCAACGCUGAGUGUCGUCGAUUAUAUUUUAUUGGUUCUAUUGUUAGUUGCUUCAGCUUGCAUUGGUGUCCUCUUCGGCUUUUUCAAAUCAAAGAAAAGCUCCGCCAAGGAAUAUCUUCUCGCUAAUGGCGGUAUGGGUGUAUUUCCGACCGCUUUGAGUAUUAUGGUUUCGUUCAUUUCUGCAAUCACUGUUCUCGGCACACCGGUCGAAAUUUACAUGUACGGAACCAUGUUCUGGUAUCAAGCUGCAUCAUGGUCAAUUGCAUCACUAGUAGCAGCAUUUGUGUUCAUGCCAAAGUUUCGCGAAAUGUAUUUCACUAGUGCGUACGAGUAUCUAGAAAAGCGCUUUGACAGAAAUGUUCGUCUGGCCACAUCAAUGGCAUUUUCUGUCUAUAUGAUCAUUUUCAUGGCUUUGGUACUUUAUGCGCCGGCGUUAGCAUUAAGUCAAACAACUGGAUUAAAUAUUUGGUUAUCAGUUGUUUCAAUUGGUGUCAUUUGCACUUUUUAUUCGUCUGUAGGUGGAAUGAAAGCAGUGAUUUGGACUGAUGUUCUUCAAGCAGCUAUUAUGUUCGUUGGUAUAUUGUCUGCUAUCAUUCAAGGUCUCAUUGAAGUCGGAGGUUUCAAGAAUGUCUUUGCAACAGCCUUACGUGGUAAUCGAUUUGAAUUUAACAAUGUGAGCUUUGAUCCUCGCACUCGUCAUACAAUUUGGACAUUCUUCCUUGGCAGUUCUCUCAAUACAUUGAGUAUCUAUGGUUUCAAUCAGACUCAAAUUCAACGGUAUAUGUGUGUUCGAACAACACGUGGAGCACAGCAAGCUUUGAUCAUCAAUGCCGUCGGCGUGGCGUGUAUCAUUCUCCUUGCAGGUUUCAUGGGAAUCAUUCUUUAUGCAUACUAUGUCGAUUGUGAUCCGUAUACGGCGAAAUUAGUUAGUGCAAGUGAUCAAAUAUUUCCAUACUUUGUCAUGGAAGUGUUGAGUAGUAAAAAAGGUCUGCCUGGUGUUUUUCUUGCCUGUGUCUUUUCUGGCUCAUUAUCAUCAAUAUCCUCCGGUUUGAAUAGUUUAGCGGCUGUUCUUAUCGAAGAUUUCUACAAGGGUUUACUAGGACGGCAACUCACAGAUGAACAUCAAGGAUUUGUAGCGAAGAUUUGUUCAGUAGUACUCGGUGCGAUUGUCAUACUUCUGACCUAUGUUGUCAGUUACUUAGGCUCAGUCAUCAAUGCGGCCCUGUCACUAUCCGGCAUUUUGUCUGCGCCAAUCAUGGGUGUAUUUCUGCUUGGUUUCUUUUUCCCACGUGCCAAUCGUCACGGAGCUUUGAUUGGUUUCUUCACCAGUUUAUCAUUUCUCCUGUGGAUAUUUAUCGGUACACAAUUAACCAAAAAUCAACGAACCAAUGUUCAACUUCCGCUAUCCGUAGAAGGUUGUAAACAUAUGAAUACUACACAACAAAUAUUACUCACAACUACAGCCGUUGUCAGAACAAAUCCAUUACUGAGUCUGUACUCAGUCAGUUACCUAUGGUACACACCGAUUGCUGCUAGUACAGUCAUACUUGUUGGUUUGAUUGUUUCGUAUCUGACAGGUCCAUUGAAACAAGAUGAAGUUGAUCCAAGACUAAUUAUACGCAUAAAAGAUGUAUUCCGCUGCAAAUACUCUCCUUCCAACAAGAGCUACGAUCUUCAACAGCGAGAUAAUGAAAACAAGAUUUCUAACUCGACAUCCGAACAAAUAAUGCGGACACCAUCUGAACCUGUCUUUCAACUACCAGUAUAA